UGACAGUUGACGCCAAAUAUUUGGUACUUGUUUGACGCAGUUGAUUGUCAAUUUUAUUCAAUUGUUGCCAAAAUUAUUUACGCAAUAUUUUGGUAAUGAUUAUAUUCUUUCUGUUGUUAGAUUUCAGUACCCUCCAAAUAUUUUAUUUACUUUAGGCUCGUUGAAGAAUUACGUUAAAAUGUCGAUGGCUGUGCAGCCCUACCUUGGUAUAGACCAACAUUUCGACCCUGCCUGGAUGGAGAGGAUUGUUUUGGAACUUUCUGAUGCAUUUGAGAUCCGCGUCUCAUGGGACCGCGAGACGGCCUUGGUAGUAGGUGUGUGUGCGGUAGCUGGUGGCAUUGUGGGGCAUUAUGCGGGAGGCCGUCUGGGAGCUGCUGUUGGAGCAGGAAUCGCUAGUGCUACUGGCCUAGGUGUUGCUUCCCUGGUGUCCCUGAGAGAAAUUUGGGCGUCGGUGAAGCACAAGCUUCAGGAACUGUUGUACAUUGUGUUCAACUGUUUACGACGGCUGGACCCAAUAGACUAUGUUCAUGCCUUUGAGAUUCUCAUGGCGUGUGGGAGUACUCGACGAGAGCUGGUCUACGCUAUCUUAGACUUCAUCGCAACCAAGCUCGGCCGAGAGGUUGUGUCUAGUAUCACAGCAGGUUAGACCACAACACAUGUUAGAGCUCAAGCAAAGGGUUGUAAAUAGUUGUUAUCCCAGAAAGUGAAAAUACUUUAUGAAACCUUCAAUUCCUCUUUUGUUUGUAGGUAAUAUUAUGAUGUUAACACCACAUCUAUGGAGAAAUUAUAAUACAAGUGUGCCUUAUUAGCUAGACAUUCAUAGAGCAAUAUGGGCCUAUGAUGGACUGGAGGGGAAUAGCCACAGGGUUAUUUCUCAAUACAUGCAAACUAGUUGCACAAAUGUGCAUACAUUUUGACAAAGGGGAAAGCCUGCAUAUGACUUAUCCUUUUCCCUUCUUGUUCCACGUAGAAUUGACAUUAGUCGUACAUAAAACUUGUCCACAUACAAUAAAAAAUCUAUGCACAAAUUCUUGCUUAUAUUUUGGAAGAGAUUUUUUAAUCAGAUUUGGAAAUUCGAUACUUGGUUUUUAUUUUUCGGACGAUUAUACAGUGUCACACUGUGUGAAAUAUAAAGAUAAUCUUUUUUAUUAAUUAUAGAUCAGCUUUCACUCAUUGAUGGUGGUAAACUUAGAACAUAUCUAAUAAGUAGGGAUAUCUUAUGAUCUUGAAGAGGCUUCUGUUAGGUUUCACAAGACUUUCUUGUAACUAUUUUAUUUUAUAAUGUGAUUAGAGGUUGUGUUACAGACUUGAAAUCUGAAAUCAAAUUUGUUUAUUAAUUUUAUAUCAAUUAGUGAGUAACAUUGUUAUAUACUUUUAUUUUUACUUUGCUUUUUGCUCAAUUUGUAUUAGUUCUAAAAUAAUUCAUAUUCAUGACAUGAG